AUGGACGUUGUGACAUUAUUUUUUCUUGGAAUGCCAUCCGAUGAAAAAGAACAGUUACAAAUACAUAACGAAAGCCAAACUUAUCAUGAUAUCAUUCAACAGGAUUUUCUUGAUACGUACAGAAAUUUAACAUGGAAGGCGAUCGCGUGGCUGCGGUAUGUGAAUGAAUUUUGUGAGAACGUGGAAUUUAUUGUGAAGAUAGAUGACGAUUUGAUGUUCGAUUUAAUAGCGAUCGAGAAAUAUUUAAGAGUGAAGUCACCAUUAUCAGAUGAAGCUAAUGCGAAUGCAAACAUGAUACUUUGCAGUGUAUUUUCUGGUUUUCAUCUUUAUCCAAUCAGAGAUAAUGGUACCAAAUGGAAUUAUUUUGUUGAACCGUUGCAGAUCGAUGACUACUUUAUCACAGGUCAUUUGAGUCACAAAAUUGGUGUUGUAUUCGAUAACAUAGCGUUGUUCGAUGCUGGUAAAGAGCCGAUGAUGGAAGAAAGGAGUUGGUUUUGGCUAACUGAAUCGCAGGAUAUGACCGAAGCGAUGAAUUUAUGGAAAAAUUUGGAAGAAGCACAUAGAAACGCGUCGAAUUCAAUCGUCCUCUGGUUAUGA